CGAAUAUACGUUGUCUGGACGUUGGCGUUCUCCCGACAACGCCAGUUUGAGUGAUUUGGCGUUGUGCUGACAACGUCUGGUUUUUGUGCCUUUUUCUGCAUGAUGGCCGAAACGAACAAGCAAAGGUAAGCUUUUUUACGUAAACGAUAUUCUGUUUAACCAACUUUCGGUAAUUUAACUCAAGUUUUAUGUUGUUUAGCAGUAAAUCUCAAGUCAUGAUCAAAGCGAUGAAGUGGACUGAUCAACAUGACCUCGAGUUGAUUAAAGAAAUUUUAACAGAACGUCCUUUUGAUAAUCCUAAAGGUUCGAGGCGAAUAGGACUAGUUUGGGAAAGAAUCGUCGACAAUUUAAAUUCAAGAGCAGAUAUAGUCUUCAACUUGAAGGACAUCAGGGCUGUACGCGAUCGCUAUAACUUGUUAGCAAAAAAAUACAAAAAGAAGGAGAGAGAGGAAAUUAAUGCUUCCGGCAUUGGCACCGAUGAGCCAAGUGAGCUUGAAGACGCCAUUGAGGAAGCUGUUGCUCUUUUUGAGAGUCAAGAAGAGGACCGAGAAAAGGAAAAAACUGCUAAAGAUGAGGACAGAAGUCAAGCAGAAGAUGUCAGACUGGUCGCACUUGAAACUGCUCGAGAAACAGCAAAAAGAAAAGCAUCAGGAAACGAUUCGUUCAGAGCCAAGAAAACAGCUAUUGUAGAAUUUCUAAGAGAUAAAGCGAAUCAGGAUAUUGAGUAUAGAAAUAAAGAGCUUGAACAUAAAACUAAAGAACUGGAAGUUCGAAAGCAAGAGCUAGCAAUAAGGAGCAAGGAGCUUGAAGCACAAACUCAACAAAAUCAAAACUUGUUGAACACUUUGCUUGAAUUUGCAAAAAAUCGUUAACUGUACAAGAACUGUAAGUACAUUCCUUUAUGUGUUUGACCAUUCUUCAUGUUUAUUGAAUACGGACAGGCUACUUCUGGCCUUUGAAUUUUGUUUGGAUAUUUUACAGGACAAGUUGCAUGCUAUACUUUAUUAUAUUAAUAUUUUUAUAGUUGUAUAUGUAAAUUGAAAAUAAA